AGACACACUCCUGAAUCCUGAUUUUCCAAGAGUCCGACCACGUCCUGGAGGACGAGAACGUGAAAGAAUAAGUUCAGGUGCAGUCGACUUCUCGCUGGUGAUUUCUUCAUAUUGUCGGUUCAACCUUUCAGAUGAGAAACUCAAACCCUCUCAGUUAAUCCUGCAAAGCAACUGAAUCGUGUUUUAGUUUUUUUAUUGCUCCGUGCUGGAUUUCGUCCUGUGUCUGAAGAAGAAGAAGCUGCUCUAACUUUGUGUUCCUCUCAGUAACAGAGCGGAAGAAACUACGGGACUCAUGUCCGAGUCCAGAGGCUCGACUGACGAUCCGUCUGCAGACAGAACCACGCUGCAGUCCAGACCCGGUCCUGAACACCUCAGUCUGUCUCGCUGCGCCGCCUGCUACAACAUCAAGUCCAGCUCCGUGACUUGGCGCGGGGACCACGGCGAGUCCAGCUCCUCGGCCGAAGACUCCGGUCCAGAGGUGGACGACGAGUCGGAGACGGACUCCAGCUCCAGCAGCAGCUCCAGGAACGAGACGCCUGAACCCGAGAGGAGUGGAGACGCUGCUGAGGAUGAAUCCAGAGGAGGAGGAGGAGGAGGAGAGGACGGAGACGAGACGGGAGAGACGUCAAACAGGCGGGAGGAGAAGAACAAGCCUUCCUCCCUGACUCCUCACCUCAUCCCUCUCUCCUUCCUGCCUCGCCCCCCUCAGGUCGUCUCCACCCUCCACCUGCAGGUGUUCCCUCAGAACCGUGGCGAUGACGAAACGUUCUUCAGCAUCCGGCAACGCAGACCUGAGGGAGAGGAGGAGGAAACACAGGAGAGGUACAGAGGAAGAGGAGGAGGAGGAGGAAGAGGAGGAGGAAGCAUCAACAGGCUGAUGCCUCAACAACCGCCUCAAUGCCAGCAGAUGAUGUUACCAUGGCAACGGAGGUCACAACCAACAGUACAGCAACAUCAUCAUCAACAACAACGACCAAAACCUCGACAGCUCUCAGCUCAGGGUCAAAGGUCACCACCUCCCUCACACACACGCCCCCCGACACUGUGCACGCCCCUGUGGGCACCAAACCCACCACACACACAUCUGCACGCUCUCACUCCGCAGCCAUGUUGGCGCUGUCGCCACGCGCACCCUCCGAACACGCACUGCAGCCAUUAACCAGCUGAGUCAGACCGUGCAGCCGUGACAGAGUCCAGGACCUCGAGUGUCCGAGAUCGGGACACGCGUGUGUAGAUGAUCGUCCUGUGUUGUCGUGCUGGAAAUAUUCUAAUUGUGUCUCUGAUUAAAAAAUGCAGAAAGGAAA